CUGUAACUUCCUGUUGAACAGUAAACAACACUGAAAAUUGAGAUGGUGUCAUAGAUAGAACAGUCAGAAGCACUUGUAACUGACCAACAUGUGGACCUCCGCUGCACAUUGGGCUUUUGCGGGACCAAACCUUUGCGUCAUCAUCUCACUUGUCCUCAUUCCAUUGGUCAGAGCAGGUGACAGUACUACAGUCACAAAGGAUAUCUGUGGUACCUACAUCAGGUUGAGGUCAGACACGCACGAUAUACGCUGGGAAGGUGAUGUUCUUAAAAUUGACUGUACCAUCUACAUAGAAAAUGAUCCAAGCUAUGAAAACACUUUAUGUGCCAAAGCAAAGGAAUAUGAUGUGAAGGAUAAGCGGUUUGUUCUUACCUUCUUGUCGGGAACAUCUUACAAUGAAGAUACAAAGUACUUCGGAGCCUCUGAGAACAAGGGUAACAUAACCUACUGUGCCCAAAAAAGGAAUACAUUGGCACUACAGUUCUCUACCAGCACAAGGAAGUCAGCCUCUCGAGUAUACCUGAAAAUAACUCAGACACCAUAUGUGCCAAAGAAACGUGACAGAACGGUAACAAGAGAACGGCUACCACAGGUGAUGUACAGGCUAAUGGGAGGCAUUGGGUCAGCCAUCAUGGUAGCUCUGAUGGCAUCAGUCAUUAUUAAUCGUCGACGUAGGGCUAGACAAGGAACCUUCGGUAGAGAUGGACAGUUCAUUGGUAGAGGUGGUCUUGUCAUAAGACGAGCUGGAGACAUUGAUAAUGAACAGGGAGAAGAAAUGGUUGCUCUUAGCCGACCAUCACAAAACAACCCAGGGACGUUUCCCACGACAGGUGUACAGAAUGGAUACAGAGGACCGUCUCAUGUGUACCCCACCCAGCAGCCAAUUAAUCCACCAGCAUACUCUGAAAUUCAAAAUGAUCAAGGUCAUUUCAAGCAAUACCCUGAUUCAGCUCCACCAAAUUAUGAAGAUAUUGUUGACACGAAAACUCAGCCAAACACCUCCAACACGUGAAAGUAUUUGUUUAUUGUGUAUUUACUUGUGAGAACGUUUUUAACAUGACCUUAUCUCGUAAGUUGUAACAUGCUAUAUUGCUUUUUAUCACUAGGUCACACUGCAUUAAGUGCCUGUGUACUUAUGGUAUGAUGCAGUAUCAGAUGUCUGCCUGUCCCUCUAUAACCAUGAACAUAUUCAGGGAACCUUAAGCCCUUGGGUACUGUAUUUUGAUCUGACUAGUAUGUUCCUGUGAUCUUCCACUUAUGCUAAAUGUACUAAGGAGUCAAAAGUCAUUAAUAUGAAGAUAAAAAGACCAUCAUCCCUUCUCCCUUCCCCCUUUCCAAGUCUCAACUGGUGAAGAACCGGGAAUGAUCUUUACUUCAGGACAAAAAAAGUUGCUAAAUAUUUCCCCUAUUUCCCCAUUUACAAGCUAUAACUGUAUAUAGCUUUGACUCAGGUCAAAACUUAAAGUGGAUCUUAGACCUUAACACUCAAUACAUCAUACAUGUAUUAGCAUCGUCACCACAGUCGAUUGCUCUACACUACUUUACACUUAUCACUGUGACAUGUUCAAAAGGUCAUAACUUUUUUAUUGAUCUAUGGCUACCAGUGAUAUGCAGACAAAAGAAAGGAUGAUAACAAAUCUUUGAAAACUUAAGACAUUUUUAGUACUGUAGACAAUGUGCAAGUUACCAGCUAAAAUAUUGAUUAAUAAAUAAAUACGUAUAUAUCAUGUUUACUUCAGGCAAUAUACACAAAGGUGUGUUAAAUAUUGUAUGAAAAUGACAGAUAUUUUCAAUACUAGUUUGGAACAAAAUAUAGCUUAGAUAAAUAAUUUUACUAUGUUAAUCUAUAAAUGAGAUUUAUUGCUACCUUCUUGCCAGAGUUUCAACUAUCUUUAUUAUAUCUUUAAGUAUGCUCAGUUUUCUGGGCUCAUGGUAAUACAUGUAGCUGCAAUUUAUUUGGAUAAAUUCCUUUUUUGUAGUAGUAUAUGAGUUACAUUAUUAUAUAUUUCAUAAACAAAAUUGAUGGAUCCCCUUAUUCUGGGCUAGACAUUUUGUAUACCUAAACAUUGAAGAUGGGAAUUGGAUAGAUAAAUUAGGUUGGAAUAUGUUUUAAAAACAAUAUACUGUUCAUGCCAGAGCUGAUUUCAAUAAUGCAGGAUUGUAUUUAGCUUUGUUGAAUGCCUUUAAUUUUGGGAUGAAAAAUCAACUUCUUUGAAUGAAUUUUUAAUGUUAAUAUUUUGCAUAUUGUCUUUAAAUUUGUUCAUAAAAGAGGGUAGUUUUUUAAGUGUAUAACAAUGUGAAGGACAUAAUAAUAAUGUGAAGGUCACAUUGCUAAUGUGAAGCACAUGAUACACAUAUAAUAUUAUAGAUUACAUAUUAUAUAUGUAGAGUACAUGUAUAUAGUGAUGAUCUCAAAAAAGUAUUAUUGAUCUAAAUAAGUAAAGCUUUAUUAGACGAUUAUUUUCAAGUCGUAGGAU